GCCCGACCCUUGGGGAACCUCGGAACACUUCGAGAACGCUUGCCUCACACGUUCCCGCCGCCACGCUCACGGUCCAAACUUUGGAAGCGAAAGCCAUCACCACGAAUUGAUCUGAAAUCAUAGCGGACGACCCCACUGGCACACAGCUGCCCCCCCUUCGCGCUAAAGAAAACGACCUGCCUACACCAAGCUCGAUCCAUUCAGGCCACCCGACAGCAGGGUGAUCACCAACCCGACACAAGCGACACAGACGCAAGCAGGAAACACGCGGAAGGGAUACGGAGGACCCCCGAAUUCCUAAACCGAAAAGACCCGUCACCGAGAACCUUACGACCAGGUGCGACCACCUCCCCUUGUGGGAAAGAGAAGAGAAGGGGGGAAAGACAGAGCGAGCAAGGGGAAAGAAAGAGGAGGGCAAGUCGCAGGCAGAACGCAAAGGAAAUCAACCAAGGGAAGGAAAGAGAAGGCGGGGAAAACACAAAGAAAUCAAAAGGAGAUGCCUCCCCAGAAGCGCAAGCGCACCAACGAGCCGUCCCUGCGGGACAAGCUCGUGGGCUGGAACAAGGAGCUCGUGCGGGCGUUCAAGACGGCCAAGGGGUUCGAGAGGCAGCGCCUGAGCAAGCGGAUCCGGGAGGGCGACGCGGCCAAGAACGAGAGGUUGGAGAGAGAGGUUGCUGUUCUCAAGAGCAUCGACCUGCACCAGCUCGCGCACCAGCACCUGUCCUCGUCGCUACUGCGCGUCAAGGGCGUCGCCGAGUCGCCCAACCUACCCCCCGAGAUCAAGCCGAUCCCCAAGCCAGAGAGCCUGUCCGAGGAGCAGCGCGUCGCGCUGCACAACGUCACGAGCGGGCUGUGCAACCGCAAGCAGGUCCGCGACGUCAUCGAGGAGGCUGUCAUGGGCACGUGUAUCGCGCUGAGGGUCCCCAUGCCGGACAAGAAGAAGAAGGGAGGUGGCAAGGGCGGUAGUGGGGAGAAGACGAAGACGGAGGACAACGACGGCGGCGGCAAAGACAAGGAGAAGAAGAAAGAGACGCGGAAGGAGACGGAGGGUGAUGAUGAUGGUGCCACGGAGAAGAAGAAGCAAAAGACAAAGGCCUCGGAGGACAACCCGGCGGAGGGGCUUGUCCUGCUAAAGCGGAAACGGCCUGCCGACGAGGAUGUGGAAGCGGAAGCGCAGUCAGAUGACAACGAGGAAGAUGACGGAGAGGAGCCGGUGUUCGAAGGCUUCUCCGACAGCGAGGCUGAGGAGCGAGCGUUUGCCAAGUACGAUGCUCUCGUUGGCGGGUCGAGCGACGAGGACGAGGACGAUGUAAAUGACGAUAUACCCAGCGACGACGGCGCGGACGACGGGAGCGAAGCAGGCGGGGACGACUCUCUGGACGAGCGCAUGAUUGCGCGGUACGACAAGCUAGUUGCCGGUUCGAGCGACGAGGACUCCGAUGGUGACGAAGAAGGAGAUGAUGACGACGAUCUACUCGGCAGUCGGGUGCGCGCGAUCCGGAGAGUAACUGCGGAUGACAUUUCGCUUUCUUCUGGCGACGAGGACGAAGCCGAAGGUGGCGACGACUUGAACCGGGACUUCUCUGGGUCGGAAUCCGACGAGGCAGAGUACGACGUUGACGGCGCCAGCGACGACUCAGAAGAGGAAGAUGACGAGGAAGACCAGUCGGACAACAAGGACGCCGCCUCAGAGUCGGACGCUUCCUCCGCCCCAGCCCCCAAGAAGACCAAGCUCUCCUCGAGCGCGGCAAAGACAAAAACCAACACGGGCUCGUCGGCCUUCCUCCCCACGCUGAUGGGCGGCUACAUCUCCAACUCCGAGUCGGAGGCGUCUGAUCUCGAUAUUGCGCCCUCGGCCAAGAAGAACCGCCGCGGCCAGCGCGCGCGGCAGGCCAUCUGGGAGAAGAAGUACGGCGACAAGGCGAAGCACUUCUCCAAGCCGCAGGCGUCGCAGAACGCGCGGGACCUGGGCUGGGACCCGCGGCGCGGAGCUGUCGGCGAGGACGGCGAGGGCGCGGCGGGACCCUGGAAGAAGGGCAUUCGCAACCCCUUUGAGAAGAAGACCGCGGGCGCAGACGAGGGGAUGCACCCGGAGAGGCAGAGGGCCAUUGAGCGCGGUGGUAAUAAUCGUAAUAACAACGCUGGGGCUGGGGCUGGGCGAGGAGAUCGGGGACAGCAGCGGCAAGCACCUCGUGGGGCUGGUGGCUUUUCAUCUUCACGAGAUGGCAAUGGCUUUGCUGGACGAGGGGGAGGAGGCGGCGAAGGCAGGGGUCACAGCAGCAGCCGCAUGUCAAGUCGGGGAGGUGGUAGAGGUGGAUUCAGUGCGCCGGCACCCAGCAGACCGCCGCCGCCGCCGACGAAGCGUGACGACACGGGGCCGCUGCAUCCCAGCUGGGCGGCGGCGAAGAAGGCCAAGGAGGAGGCAGGCAAGAUCGCGUUCCAGGGAAAGAAGGUUGUGUUUGACUGAGUUUCUGUAAAGUCGAGUCAGCAGAACAUCAAGGCUUCGUGAAAGGCAAGAAUGGAGAAAUCUUCAUAUCCAACACAAACACAGAUUUUUCUUAAACAGCACAAAAUCGCCGAGAGCAUGAUGACAGGAAGCUUGCUUGUAUUGUUGGUAAGCCAGAUAUGGAGGCUUCUUAUGUAUUGAAAUCAAGGCUGAAGGAAUUGAAACGCCAUUCUGGU